AUGGAUCGAUCCGGCAGUUUGAAUCAUUUGGAAGAUCCGAUUCCCUGUCAGCAAGUUAACGAUUUGGUUCGAAUCGGACCGAUUGUUGAGGGGUCACUGAUAGAUACCAAUGAUCAGAUAACUUCCACACCCAAAGUAGAUACGAUUCAAUUAGCCCCGUGGGCGUUUGCUGCUCUUAUGUGGGAUCAAACGGUGAAACGACUUCAGUUGGACUUGCAACUUCGCGACCACGUAGUCACUGCUCUCAGUUUGGGUGGGUUGGAAAAUCUGGAAGAGCUGUUAGCCAGGACGAGUUAUCUACGAUGGGAUAGCUGUAGUCUUGCUGGGUUGACUCGAGUACGACAAGUGUUACUCAGUUGUCGUUCCGAAUACGAAGAAUUUCUAACUCUCGGUCCGAGUGUAGAAGUUAUUCGCUUUGUGGACUGUGAGGAAGCAACAAUGCAGUUUUACUGCAUAAAUUGUAUUCAAGAUCCCAGUAUUCAUGUGAUUAGAGUUCGACCUGGACCGCCCCUUCGGCAGUAUAUGAUUAAAUUUUCUCAGCUAAACCGUACAACCGAUCCCAGUUCUGGAACUCAUGAACAACGCGGGCGUCUAUCGAUUGGGCGCUGUGUGCCUAACAUCUGUUCUGAUAGCAUGCUCUGUCGGGACAAUCAGGAAUUACAGGUAGUUCAAGAAAAUGCCGGUCGACCUACUCCGACGAGUACCGUUACCACUUCAACGACCACUGAGAGUACUACUACUGCCAGUAUAAACGUGACUACAAGUGAUACGAUAACGGAUGGUUUAUCUUCAUUGUUGCCUCAAUCGCAAUCAGAUGCAACGACCGAACCGAAUGUUUCCACUAACCUUUCCGAUGAAUCCCAAGCACCAAAUCAGACAAGUCCAGCUUCCGUUAUCCGACAUCCAUACUUUCCACCUGCAGGUGGAACCGAAAAUACCAAUAAGUUGGAUAAUGAAAACAUGUUAACUCGGAGUCAACGGAUAUGGGUUGCUGCAUCCAUAGUGUCUGUGAUUGCUGUGUUUCUCAUUACUGCUUGUGUUCUGAUCGGAAUCAUGAGGCAGCGUAGUCGACGACAGAGUGUCAAAUACAAUCGACCGCGUCCACGUCAGACCAAAUACUCUAACGGUCUGAUUCGCGACCGGCCCGAUCAGAUUGAUGAGGAUGAAAACGGCAAGCUGGAAUUGCCAGAACGUGUGUGUUAA